AUAGAUGCGGGUCCUCGCGAGAGUUGACCUCCUCGUCCCCUCCGCCCCCCCAUAGCCUCCGUGGGCUGGAACUCCCGCGAGAUUAGAGGAGUUUUGCGAGACGAGGGCGGAGCUACGUUAGUGUCCGCGAGCGGUGACGGUUGGGGCAGUGCGAGGCGGGCUGGCGCUAUGGGGCUGCAGGGCGUCAAGGCCGUCUUCUUCGACCUAGACAACACGCUGGUGGACACGGCGGCGGCGGGGCGGCGCGCCAUCGAGGAGGUAAUAAGUGUCUUGCAGUCCAAACAUCACUAUGAUGAAAGAGAAGCCCGCGGUGUUUGUGAGAAGGUCCAAGUAAAGCUCCUCAAAGAGUGUCAUGAUCCAGCAAAUAUGUGCAUUACUGAUCUAAGAAUUUCACAUUGGGAAGAAGCUAUACAAGAAACAAGGGGUGGUGAAGUCAAUCGAAAUCUGGCUGCAGAGUGUUAUUUCCUGUGGAAAAGGACACGCCUCCAGCAUCUCAUCCUGCCAGAGGAUACAAGAUGCAUGUUAACUGAACUUCGAAAAAUGGUCCGCCUGCUUCUUUUAACUAAUGGAGACAAGCAAACGCAGAGGGAGAAGAUUGAAGCAUGUGCCUGUCAACCAUAUUUUGAUGCUAUUGUUGUGGGAGGAGAGCAGAAAGAAGAAAAACCAGCGCCUUCUAUAUUUCAUCACUGUUGUGAUCUCCUUGGAGUGCAGCCUGGGGAGUGUGUCAUGGUUGGUGAUUCCCUAGACACAGAUAUUCAAGGAGGUUUGAAUGCUGGUUUGAAAGCAACUGUCUGGAUAAAUAAAACAGUGGUAAAGCCUAUGAAUACCUCCCCAGUACCUCACUAUGUCAUUUCUUCUGUUCUUGAUCUUCCAGCACUCUUACAAAAUAUGGACCGCAAAGUGAAUGCUAACCUAGAAAAUAAAAUGGCUAGUAUUAAUGAAAUACAUGACAGUUCCACUAUAGAAUUGCAGAAAUGCUAAGUGCUUAGAUUGAUAAUGCUCAGGUUAAAAUUUGGCUCUAAAAAUCUUUCUAAUGUGAACAUUAUGUUUACUUAAACGGUGGAUGCGUGGAUAUUUGUGCAUGGAGUUGAGUAGAGGAAAAGUAUAGAAGAUUCAAUCCAAUACUUACUGCUUGAAAGUUUUUUGAAAAGGAAAAGCAUAAGUGCAGUUCUCUUAAACUGUCUACACCUGGAAAUUAGUUUGACAGACUGUUUCUUAGGCAUGUCUGUCUCCAACCUAAGUCUCUUAUCAGUCUCUCUAAUUUCAUAAUGAAAAGGGAAAAAAAAUGUUUUGACUUUUUUUUUUCCACCCCCAAUUAAUUUCCUCGCUUAUAAGUUUAGCAGGAACUUUAAUUGUAAAGAUUGUUUGCAGUGUGCAAAACAGGAGAAGUCAGGAGAGAGUAAAUCUAGUAAACUUUCAUAAUUGGAUUUGGAAAUUCUUCUCCAGAAGAACUGAAUUUCAAUAUUAAAAACAUAAAAACAAUGGGAUCCAACAUGUCAGGAUGCUUUAACAAGUUUUGGCUUUGAUUUUUGAGGGAAAGUGAGGUAAGGUUUUUCAGUUAAUUUUGAGAGUUGUUGCCCUUAUUCACAGAUUCCCUCCUCCCUGCAGUGAUUUUUUUUUUUU